GAUGUACUAGAACGAAUAGAGACCGAGUAGUAGUCCGCUUCGCGCUAUUCGCGCCACCACGAUCCUUAGUACACGGUUCUCUUUAAAUUCUGACUGGUUCGGUUCUGUCUCAAACCUGCCUCUUCCCCCUCUUUUUACCGCUCGCACUUGCUUUUCUCUCUUUUCCUUUCUGUCUCCUAUCUCUCUCUCUCUCUCCCCCACUCUCCCACUCUCUUGCUCUGUUCCUCUCAUCACUCUCUCGCUCGCUCUUCCCCGCCGCCACCAGGUCGUGGUCUUCCCUUCCCCUAUCCCCAUACUUCGCCUGACGACGCUGCUCUCUCGGGCAUUUCAGUGGAAAUUGACGACGCGUGAGGACUGAGAGUUUCGUUCAACGCGUUACGUACUAUCUAUCCUUUUUUUUUCUCAUCAUUCCGCAAGCGGACACGCAGGCAUCUAGAAGUAUCUCAGGAUUCCAAGUGAAGAAGAAUCAAAUACAAAAGAAUUCAUCAUGAGUACUAAGGAAAACAACGAAAUCGCCGUAGAGAAAGUGGCAGAAAACGACAAAGCUUCUGCCGACGCGAAAUGUGAGAUCAAGGGAAUCAAGAGGCCGGCCGAGGAGAAAAAUGACGAGGCCAAAAAGCAAAAGAAGGAAGAGAAUGGUGAUGGUGACAUAGAGGAAGAAGAAAUUGAGGAGGAAGUUGAAGAAGAAGAAGAGGUAGACGGUGAUGGUGAAGAAGAUGAUGAGGAAGAAGAUAUACCAGAAGGAGAUGAAGAUUUGGAAGAAGGAGAAGAAGAAGAAGAAGAUGAAGCGGAAGGUGAAGGUGAAGAAGUGGAGGAUGAGGAAGAAGACUCAUAAUGAAAAGAGUGGAAGAAUAAUGUAAGUAACAAGGGAGGAAGGCACGUGGCAUCAUCGUCGAUCUUCGGCAAUAUUUUCAGCAAACACUUACUCUCAUAUUGAGUGGUUGGUAACAAUGUUGAUAUCGAUCGUGCCCAAUCAAUGUCACUGGAUCAUCCUCCUGAACUACAAAAUAAAAAUUACCAUCUCACCGGAGUUGUGUAGGGCUGACGCAUUAUUAUAAUGCAGUCGCAUUUCUUACUGUCUUGGCUCUUCGCAAUUCUGAUAUCUUUUAGCCAUCACCAAAUACUAUUAGGUCGUUCGCACGAAAAUUGUACAUUUGUCCUGAGGACAGCAAUAACAAUGAUUAAUAAAUCCAACGUGUAUAUAUAUAUAUAUAUGUAUGUAAAUAUAUAUAAAUAUAAUAAUUAUAUUUAUACAUAUUUAUACAUAUUUAUAUAUCUGUAUUUAGGCUCGUUAAUAUACCAAUUAAAAUCCUGGUAUAUUAGAUGGCUACUGCUUGUCCUCGAAACAAAUAUGCUACUUUAAUAUGAACCACCUAUUAAACUGGUAUUUGCCGUCAUCUGGCUUUCUGCAAAGAAACAUUUUUUAAUGAAACUUAUUUAAGAAUAAAUAAGAAAAAUAAAAAAAUUUUAUUAUAUUUAAAUAGUGUACAAUGAACAUUUGAAUGCGACAGUUUUUUUAUAUUUGAAAUCAAAUUUACGUUUAUAGUUCAACGAAUGUCUCUCACCUAGUGCGUGUGAUUGAAUUUUUUUUUUCAACUGAUGUGUAAUAGCAGUGUUUUCGCAGGAGCGCGAGGCUCGCAAAGUAAAUCAUAUGAUAUAUGAAUGUGUGUGCAUUAAGAAAAAACAAAACGGAACGAAACGAAAUGACACUAAACGAAACUAAAGCAAAAAUAAAAUUCAACUAAGGUAUAAAUCGUAUGGACAUCUCUCGACAUUCGGAUGUGUAUAUAUCUAUAUGUAUACGCAAACUAGAGAAAUUCAUAAAAUGAAAAAACAAAAAAAUACAAAAAAAAAAAAUACCCCCAUCGCUUCGUGCUCCUGUAAAAUAAAGAGGCAAGUAUAUUAAGGUUAUGUAAAUGCAAUGUUCGCGUCAGGUAGUUGUAUGGAUGAAUAAUGUGUGACUUAAGCAUUGCAUAAUAAUUAUACAUAGUAUGUAUAAAGUUAUGAAAUAAGAAACAUUUUAUUAUUAACGAUAAUAUUAUGUAACGUAAUGUAACGUAACGUAAUGCGGGGAGGUUGUUACUCUAUAGAUUUGGGCAUAACGAGUAGGGAGAGCAUUUAUAUAUUCAAUCCCCAAAGUUCACAAUGACUGCUGCGUUCCAUCAUCGUUGUUUCAUUUCUGUUAAUUUAAUCUAUUUUAUUUUAUUUUUAUGCAAACACGUCAAAGAACCAAUCCUAUAUUUAUAUUAUUUCUUCUUACAGUUAUUUGAAAUAAAAGAGGGAAUAUAAAGUAUGUAGUAGCAUUCUUUACAAAUCUUAAAAAUUAUUUUAUUAUCGUUUAGAUCACGUAUAUUCGAUAGUAUAGAAAAAGAUCCGAUAACUCUCCCUAUUCCAAUGUUCUCUCUCUCUCUCUCUCUCUCUCUCUCUCUCUCUCUUUUUCUCUCUUUCACUUUCACUCACUCACUCACCUUCAUUUGAGCGUAUUCGAUUGUAUUUUUAUGUACUGCGGUUUUACUUUGACUUCAUUGUCAUGGGCUACUCAUAGCAAUGAUUCUGAUUGACUGUCGCAGAGAAUAAGUGAUUGGGUUUAUUUCUAGUGAUUCCUUUUUUCAUUCGUGACGAUCAAUAUCUUAACGGUAACGUUAUUAAUAUGUAGCCGCAAAAAUAAAAAAUUUAUCAAAGACAGUUUUAACAGAUCAUUCUUUACGCUUGAUAGAGAAUAAUUAUCACUUAGUUACAUCCGACAGUCAAAACGCGAUGAUGCUCUUUAUACGUUUAGUAUCAAGAAUUUUGAAGGAUCACUUGCAAACACAGAUGCGUCCAUAUUGUCAGUUACUUUUUUGGGAGACUGUUAAAUAAGAAGAAGGGUGAAGAGACAUUGCGGUUACGACACCAUUGUACUAUAGCUGCAUAAUAAUUAAAUAAAAAUAACGAUAAUUUGAUGAAUGCGAGAGAAUGUCCCACGUUUUAAUGUACAAAUAUUUUCGAAUGAGAUAGUUUAAUAAACACAGUUAGAUCGGAUAAAUCAAUUCGUUCUCGUGAAGUAGCAAUGAGUUUUAAUAUUUUAAUGAAACAAAAAAAAAAAGAAAUAAUAAGAAUAAGAAAAAAAAAAUAAAAAUUAUAAGAACAAUCGCGGUUUUAUAGAUUGCCAUGUCUCAUAUGACCGUGAAAAAAAAAGAAUUGGCUGUAUGAAACUUAAGGAGAUGGACUGGACCGUGUCCUUUCGUGCUUAUAUUCUAGAGCACGAUUGUAAGUGCGAUCGUUUGUAUGUAUAUGUGUGUAUGCGUGCGUGCAUGCGUGCGUGUGCGUAUUGUAUCUUAGACCUACGAGAUCAAUAAGAAAAAGACAGAAAAAAAAGAAAAGGUGUGAAAUGAAACGCGAGCGCAUUCAAAGAGACGCGAUGAGAGAUCGUCAGGCUGAUUCUUUAUUAAUAAAUACGGGCCAAUACCAUUUCUGGCAGUUUCUCUGUUAACAAAACAUAACUACGGUUUUAUACACAAACUGCUACUGUAUGUACACGUGCUUGCUUCAAGAUAGUACCUUGACUCUAAUUGUUGACAAAGAACUAUCUUAAAGUAUGGAUGCAAGAGAAAAGAUAAAGCUGAGUACUUUAGCAUUCAUAGUAUACUAUACGUACACUAUAAGUAUAGGUUUAUUUAAUUUUAUUAAUAUAAUACAAUGUCAAGUCCCGUUCGCAACACAACCAGAAUAAGAACAAAAUAAAAGAAAAGAAAAAAAAAAUUUAAGACUUGCGUUGUGUACUACAUGAAGCCAGAGAAUAUAAACAAUACACAUUUUGUUUUUUGCUCGAGUACUCAACGCGAUUCAGAAAAUACAAUUUUACUGGUGCUAACGGGUCUUAAAAUCAAUCAGGCGGAAUACGCCAAGAUAACCGUUACAUCUUUACGUUUGUUAGGUAAGCAUGAAGAUGGAAAAAAUAAAAUAAAAAAAAAAAAAAUAACAGAAUUUUGAGAUAAAAUCUGGUAACGAUACACAUCUUUAAGAUUUAAACGUAAACGAAGUCUUAGGCUAAGAAUUUGGUUUGUGUGUUCAUAAAUCUUGUUCAAACUACUUUUGUACAGGAUACCAUCACAUCAUCUCGUUCUCUCUCUCUCUCUGUCUCUCUCUCUUUCUCUCUGUCCCUUCUCCUUUCUCUCGACGUAACAGUAACCAACACCACAGACAUUUUCUGCCCAUUCCAUCAGAUUUGACUUUCAUUGUAUUUUUAAGUAAAUACAUUUUGAAAACUA